GCCAGUCUCUCCUCAGCAACCACCGCUGCCGAAGCUGCUUAUGCUGCUCUCUCACUCUUCCAGAGCCGCGACUGUCCCGUUAGUUGUCCUGUCUUUGUCUUGCUUCGUGGAUCUAACAGUAAUCAGUGGUCGUUGAAAUCUUUAGCGUGCCAAACCUUGCCAAUAUCGAUAAAUAAACCAUUGUUGGAUAUUUAGUGCAGAUUGUUGAACAGUGUUUGUAGUUCUUCCACAGCAACAAUGAGGAUGACCACAUUGAUCAGCUGAUUAAGGACUUCGUCAGCUGACUAAGGUAGCACAAGAUGGCACAUCAGUCAGAGAGGAACAUUCCUCAUUUGAGGGACAUUUUUGGGUUCCACGACAAAAAGAAGAAUUCCCAAGAGAAACACCACGAUACAGACUCGAGGGAGAGCUGGGACGACUGCAAUCUCAAAAAUGCCGACAGCAGUUCAAUAUCCACCAACGGAGGCAACGACAGCGCAAUAUCACUGGGGUCCACCAGUGACGAGGAGCAGAACACAACGUCAUCUUCGAAGAAGAAGAAACAACAACGAAGAAGGGAGAAAACUGAGCAAGACGUGAAACAUUUAGAACGACACCUGUCGAUGAAGAAGACAAUAAGGAAGAAGAUCAUGAGAGACUUACAACAAGCGUUUGUGGAAGAUCCCAACGAAUUUAGAGUAGAAGACAUUCCCCCUGAACAGUUGAAGGCGGAACUGAAUCUGCAAAGUUUGAGUUUUGGAACUUCUGCGAAGAAGAAAGGUAAAAAGACAAGUGGAGAGUCAAACUUCUUAGAUUUCUUGAGGACUGGGAGUGGGGACAGCAAAAAUGUGCAAACUCCAAGCAAUACAAGACUGGACGAUACUGACUCCGGCCACGGAUCUCCUACUCGGGAGUUGUCUGUCGAGCGAGGACAGAACUACGACGAGGAGGAAGACGGUCGAAAAGUCAGCUUCUGGAGGAGAUUCACGAUGAAGACUAGAAGUAAACGUUGACAGCAAACACAUUCAAGACUGAACAACGGUUGUACGUCCUAUUUUAAUAACUGGAUAAGAAUAAUAUAACUUUGUGUAAUAGAUUAAGUUUAAACAGUUCAACUGACUACAAAAUGUUGUUGUUGCUUACUAAAAAGUAAGGUUCAAAGUCGCAUAAGAUUAGUAUUUAAAACUAUCUUCAAUCAAAAUAAUUUGGACCUUGAUUGAUCAAAGGAACUACGUCCAGAUUGAAGAGGUUUUUAAUCUUGUUUUUCCUUUCCUUGUGAUAUUGCAAGAGUGAGUGUUACUAGAAUUAAUUAUUUUAAACUCUUUCUCCACUAAUGUAACUUAUAUAUGUGUUUAUGGGAAAAAAUUAAAGAGUCUGGAAAUUAUUAUUUGAAAUAUAAUCCAAACAAAAGUUUUGAGUACUGAAGCAUAAAUGUUGUCCUUUUUUUCUUUACCAAUACUAAAACUAUUAGCACAGAAUUCUUAUUUCUUGCCAAAAAUAUAAUGCUAUGAAUAAUUGAUCUCUCUUUCCUUUACUAUUAAAGUAACAAGUACUUUUGUACGUGGCAUAAUUUAUAUAGGCUACACAUUUUUGUACAUUUAUAAUAGAGUACGCAUGGACCGAAUAAUACGUUUACUUUCAAAAUUACUCAAAGAAAAAAUGGCUUUAAGAUAAUUUUAAGCUUUAAAUAAAGUAAUUUUGAGCAACUAUUUCCUAUCAGCAAACAAAGUGAAACAAGUUUAAAAAUCCCAUAAAAAAAAUUAAACAAAAUCAUAAACCACAAUAAUGGUUGUUUUAACAUGAAUAAUGUACUGGCUCACUUAAUAGUUUCAUAUAUCUAAAAACCCAGACUAGUACAUUUUUCAGCACAGCAAAUUUAAAAGAUAAAACAAUUUUCCAGUGGCAGCGAUUGGCCACUUCAAGUACCUUGGCAAAACCAUCCAGAAGGCAUAGUGAUGAUAAAAUGAAUAAAAAUUACAUCAAUAUAUGAACCAAUACAACAUAUUCCUUCCUCUAAAAAUGCCCCUCUCCAAUCGCUGCCACUGUGACUAUUCAAAAACAAAAUAUUUUUGUAGUUCAAAUUUUCCACACAAACGUUAAAUCAAUUUAUAGGAAAUAGAUUGCUGAUAAUUACUAAUAAAACAAAUAUAUUUAUCAAGUACUAUUAUCAUUAAUAGUGUUAUUGUGAUAUGUGGUGUUGACUUAGUGAAACAUCCCUUAUUUAGAGUUAGUGUAGUGGUAGUAUUGGUAGUGACCGACGUAAACCUUACCGGAACUAGCCUAAUUGUAGUUUUAACUUUGUGAUUUUAUAAACAUUGCAUUAUUUUAAAUACAUAUCAUGAUUGUAAUGUUAUUUUUGAAUAAAGCUAUGCAAUUACA